CUUAAUAUUUUAAAUGAAAAAGUAACAUUAAGAAUGAAACGAUUUAUUCAUAACCAAACAAGUACAAAAAUCUUCGAAGUUUGAAGGACAUUACAGUUUAAGUAGCUGACAUGUUGCGGUAUCUUGAAAUUUGUAGGAAAGUUCUUGCAAUCGGUCGGAACUACAGAGAUCAUGCCAUAGAACUUGGAAAUGAGGUACCCUCAAAGCCAGUGGUGUUUUUGAAACCACCAUCCUCUAUUAUUUUAGAAGGUCAAACAAUUCAGAUACCUUAUAACUGCAAAUCUCUGCAUCAUGAAGUAGAACUGGCUGUUGUAAUUGGUUCAAAAGGCAAAAAUAUACCAGAAGGGAAAAGUAAUUCUUAUGUUGAUGGCUAUUUUUUGGCUUUGGAUAUGACUGCACGAGAUUUACAAGAGGAAGCUAAAUCAAAGCAACAACCAUGGACUAUUUCAAAAGGUUUUGAUACUUCUUGUCCUCUGAGUCGUUUCAUUAGUACAAAAGAAAUUAAAGAUUCAUCCUGUGUAGAUUUGUGGUUAAAAGUAAAUGGACAGCUGCGUCAAGCUGGUAAUACAAAAGAUAUGAUUUUUAAUAUCUCUCAUCUUAUUUCAUAUAUAAGCAAAUAUUUUACUUUGGAACCUGGUGAUAUUAUCCUCACAGGAACACCAUCUGGAGUUGGUUCUGUUGAGAAUGGAGAUAUCAUUGAAGCAGGUAUUGGAAAUCUUGUCAAGAUGACUUUUACUGUCGAAAGUGCAAAAUGAAAAGAUGUGCAACGCUAUAUAUUAUAAAAUCAGUAUUGUAAAUUUCAAUUUUGAUAUUAGAUGAUUCUAAUAAAUCUUUGAGGAUUCUAUAUUCCUGAGCAACCUUUGAUUUAGCUAAAAUAAUUUUUUAUAUUUCUCCAAUUUUAAAUCCACUUGAAUUUAUUUUUGAAUUGCUUUUGUUAAUUUAAAACAACUUAUAAGGAAGUUUUAUGUGCUAAUGAAUAAAAUCAACUAAACCUUUU